AUGUCUGCCCCGCGCUACGCCUACAUCAUCUCCAAGAACCUCGACCCGGUGUUUGCAUUGUUCAUCGGAGGCUCGGCAGCCGUCGUUCGCAUCAACCGUGACGAGAAGGAGAAGGGCAAGUCGACACAAGACACGAUCGAGUCGCUCAAGAGAAGAAUUGGCAAAGCAACUGGCAUGAGCUCAUGA